AUGCAACAACCAAACUCUGGUUAUUGUCCAGAUCUGGUCAAAGAAACCUGCGCCAGCGUGGAACCUCUGGACAGGGAAGCUGAUCUCCACAACACAGAUGCUGCUGUGUCUGAAAGCAGCAGCCCAGAAGAUGUCUUCAGCUCCUCUGAGAUGCAGACAGUACCAGUUUGUCUGGACACCACCGUGCCUCCAGGGAACUCCAUCCUCAGACGAGGUCACAGGGAGUCUUCACUGCUGAGGCUUCCGACAGAGCAGUGCCUUGGGAUCCACCACACGCCUUUCCAGUUUGACCGUCAUGCUCGGGCCAGAAUUUCCACUUCUCCAACUUUAAGGCGUCUAAGGAUGGCCUCUGCCUCACAAGCACUGACAUUUCCAGACUGUUCUGACACAGCCCAGCUCAGGAAUCAAAAGGAAUACACCGGCUCUCUCCACCACAUUUGUAAGAGUCCACCUCGGUGCAUUACAAUUUCUUCAUUGUCGCUGCCUUCUUGUGUCCAUGCAAAAUUAUUGUCAUCCAAAGCCAAGUCUGAGAGAGCUAUAGCAGCUCUGCAGUCUGACCGACCCAGGGCAAAGCUUCCAAGCCAAGAGGAUCCUCUCAGCAAUGGCAGUCCCAAUGAGCCACCCAGAAACUCUUGGAGAGCCAACUCUGCUACGCUUCCCACAAGACUCUCCCGCCCAAGCCCUACACUUUGGGCAGGUGUCCAGCUGAUUCCCUCCUGGCCCAGCAAGGAGCCCUCCAGCAGUUUCCUGAGCAGCCUCCAGCAGACAGACAUGACCUGUGCUGCUGUUGCAUCUCGCAGAUCAGCCGAGCGCAGGCGAAGCUCCCUGGUCGUGAGCCUGCCGGGACUCGAGGUGUUCCCUGGAGACCUGCUGGUGUCAGACAGUGCCAUGGACUACCUGCCCUACUCAUCCUUCCUGCUCAGUGCAGAGUCCAAAAAGUCAAGGUGGCCAUUUGCCAAAAGAGGAGUCGUGAGUAUUUUUAUCAUUUUAUUUUUCCUUGCACUGACCUUGCCUUCUCCCACAACUAACCUGGGUGAAAAUAGCUUCUUUACUUUCCUGUCCUUGGAGAAAGGCAGCCAGCAGGGUAAAGACAAACAGAAGCAAGCAUCUGAUUUGGAAAAUUGUCUUUCAACUGUUAAGAUCAUAGACUGCUGCACAGAUGAAUUUUUCUGCUUUAAGAGUAAAUCUUGGCAUGAAUUUAUAAAAGAGCAACAGACUGAGCAGAAAGAUGUCAACAGUCCGUUAGAAGUGGAAAAAGAAGCAGCAGUGUGGGAACUUUUCACAAGUGAAUGCACUUACUUUCUGGAUCAUUUGCUUGUUCUCAAGAUGGUAUUUAUGAACACUCUAAAAUACCUCCAAAAUAAUGAAUUUCUCUUGGAUGUGGAUUUGUGGAGACUUUUUGCAAACUUAGAGGAGUUAAACAAGAUAAGUCACAAUUUUCUGAAAACAUUUUUUGAAACUGUGAAGAAGCGUAUCAGCAAGUCAGACUCUCCUAUGGAUUUCAGCUCUGUACUCAGAAUGUUUUUCCAGGGUGACCUCUGCCAGACACACCAGAUUUAUUGUCUUAAUUAUACUUCUGCUGUCUUCUACUUGGAAAAACUGAGACAGAGAGAAGAUUUUGGCAUCUACCUGAAAUGGUGCGAACAAAAUGAACAGUGCAAGAGGUUGCAUCUGCCAGAGCUGCUGGUUGCUCCUCUGCAUCGACUGACACGGUAUCCCCUCCUCCUCAACAACAUCUGGAAGAGGAGCACAGACGAAACAGAGAAAAGUUUUAUCCAGUCACUUAAAGAGAAAGUGGAAAAGUCUAUAAGGGAUCUGGAAGGUAAAGUCAAAUGGUUGGACAACUUUCAGAAGUUCAGGCAGCUGCAAGAAGUUAUAAUUUGGCCUCAGGUCUGGGAUCGUGACAAAAGGUUCUUUGUCCCAGAGUGUUUGAAGCAAAACUUAAGAGAAAACAGCAGUGAAAACAUUUUGUCUUCAGUGAACAGACUUCUCCUUCAUGAAGGGAGGCUGAUGCUAGCAGAAAGCACAAGACUCCUUGACGUGUACCUCUUUCUAUUUGAUGACUUCCUACUAAUUACCAAAAUUAAACGUAACAAAAAGAAAUAUGGAGGCUCAGACACCAGCUUAAUCCCUGUCUGUCCUUCCCUCACUCCUGAGCUACAGUCCUUCAUAAGAGAGGGGGGAUUUUGCACAGUCCUAGACCAGCCCAUCCCACUAGACAGACUCAUACUGAAAAAUGUUGAACCCAUCCAAAUUACAGUCUUCAGCCUGAGAAACGCUUUUCUAAUUCAGCAUGAGAACAGGUACCAGCAGUGCAUAGCAGUCUUCUUGCUACAAGCUCAGACAGAGACUGCCAAGAAAGCAUGGAUGUCACAGAUAGAAACAGCAAUCUCCAAUUACACCACAAAACAUGAAACCAAGAAACACACUACUUUCUGCUUCCCUGCUGAAUCCUCUGAAAUUUGAUAAUGUCAGCACUGCACUGACAGAGCCAGACUAUUGUGGUGAUAAUAUAGUUCUUUCUUUCAGAAUGCCUUAGGUCUCUGAAUCUAACAUUUCUGACUUGACAAAAGUAUGGUGCAUAAGACCACACCAUGUAGGAAUAAAUUGGAGGAGGGGAAUGAGCCAUGCAACAAAUAUAUCGCUCCUAGAUGCUCCUUUGCUUCACCUAGGGAAGGCUCUUGCCACCCAGGGAAGUUUUAACAGAGUUUGUCUUUUCCUAGAAAGCAUGACAGGGAAAAAACCCCUGUGUUGGUAUGGAGAACUCAUCCACCACAGAAGUUUAGAAGGGUUAUUGCAUCAUUCAAACUGUAUUAAUAAAUUUCAUUAAAUUAGAAUUGUGUAGCCAUA